UGUUAACAAACACCUACACUCACAUAGGUGCCAGGCCAAUUUUUACUGUGACCUCGUCAAGGGCAAGUUCGACCUUGAAAAUACUCGUGUGGUAAGAUGAGUUGUGAUGUGCCAUUCGCAGAAAUUUCGGUUUUAUGAAAAGUAGCUUUACUGGUUUAGCGUGUAAAAUUGGCAAAUGUGUACCACUACAAUACAACCUUAUAUGCUUAUUUGCAUAAAAAUGCUAAGCAGCUAAAGAUAUCUUUCAAGCGUUGUCUGUACAAAGUAAUAAUAUUUUUGACCCUUCAGUGUAUGUAGAAUAGUGGGAACCCAUCAUUACCCGAUGGCGUUCAAAUAGAAACUUUUUCACCUCAUUCGCGUCUGUGUUAAACGGCGUUUACUGAUCUCGAUGCUUUGUUCAAAAGAAGAGUUUCUGAUAUUGCUCUUCAAAACGUAUUGGAAAUUCUAUGCUAAUGUCUGUUGGCAUUUAGUGACUGUAUAAUUCAUAUGACAUGACUCAGCUAAAAUCAGUGAUUACGGUUCUGUAGCUUAGUGUACCUGUAGAUUUAAUAAUGUAUACUUUGCUUGUGACCUCAUGUCGAUAUUCCUGUAUUUGUGUCGUGUAAAGCAUUCACCCUUUAUCUUUAUCAGUAAUCUUUUCUCGUCUUGUGUUGGAUCUCAGCGCUUCAUAUUAACCGAAUUGUUUGUUUCCUAAGUAAUCAAGAUAUGAACCAACACUUCGUACAGGAAAUUGCAGUGUGUGUACCACCAAAAUAUAUCCUAAUUGGCCAGAAGGUAUUUAGUACAGCACUAAUAAAUUAUAGAACUCAGGCAUAUAUUUACAGCACAUUACAGUGUGUAUGGCUAGAGGUGUUAAUAUCAAACUCUUUCAAUCUCUUACUCUUGUUCUUUAUGUAACUAACAUUGAACCGAAUGAAACAAUCGAAUUAACUUUCAAGUAGUCAACAGAAAGUACGUAAAGUGCCUUUCUCCAAAUCAUUCAGUAAAUAACUCUGUAUGUCUUAAACUUUCAAGCGAUAAAGCUGCAUCCUUUGGUGUAACUAGUAGCCAACAUUUUUAAAAGGCUACAGUUUGGUGAAUUCCUUGCUAAUCCCAAACAUUUUACACCUGCGUAAUGGUGUUGAUGUUUAUGGUGAUCUUUAUGUUAUUAAGACGUUAAUAUUCAACAAUCUUUAACUCUAUUUUCACUGACCUGUGUCUAUUUCAUUUAUGCCUUUUCAUAUAAAACUUAGUAUAGAUUUUUUUUAUUUGGUCAAAUCAAAUGUUGACUCGGAUUUCAGAUAAAUCCCAAAUAUCUAGUUGUAUAGAUUUUGUAAACUUUGGCUGACUUCAAAUAAAUGAAGAAAAAUCCCGCUAAAAAACAAAAUCGGACAUAUAUGAAAAAGCCAGCUCGCAGGAUUACUAUAUCCCGUUCCAAAUCCCUCAAAAGUGAUUUAGAACGUUAUGAGAAAGUGGGUGGGGUUUUUGAUAAACGUUUGGGUAAUCGUAAUGUCACUCUAACUGAGUCCGAAAAGUCUUUGCAAAGACACAUCGUCGAAAAAUUGAGACAACUUGAUAGUGUCUCGUUAGAAAGUGUUGAUGAUAAAGAUCCUUUAUUCAAAGCGGCAUUUGACUCAAGUUUUCCAGCGCGAAAAUUAUGCACGGCUGAUGAUGUGGAAGGCGGGAUUGAAGGUCAUAUUGUGGAAAACAUCUUCUUCACCAAUGGUUCUACCGGUAAUAAACUGGGACAUAGUUUCAAGGACUCUCUGGAGGAAAAAAUUGCAGCUACAAAAUUGGAAAAGCUAAGACGUGUCGAAGAAAAUGAAGAACAACGUGAGCGAUUAAAGGUCGUCAAUGACGAAUGGACAAAAAACAUUCGUUUCCUCUUAAACAGAAUCCACAGCAUAAAGAAACGUCCGACUACAGCAACUCAGCAGAACAAUAAUACGAAUGUUUCCCGUUUACUAGAAACAUUGAGUACCGAUAAAAAAGUGGUGCCUAUCGGCUCCUCAAAUACACACAACUCACAAGAACAGCUCUUUAGGCUUCAGGAUAUGGUGAGCGCCCGCAGGCCUUCGUAGGUUCUUACUUUAUUUCUGUAACAAUAAAUCGUAACAUUCUACCUCUCGAUCACUAUUUUGUACUAACUUACAAGAACACUACCGGAUAAAAUAAUAUAAAACACUAUACAACUAUGUGUUAACUCGAUUUUUUGACACUUCACAUUAACACUGGACAAGCAAGUCGACAUAACGAAUGAUGAAGAUUAUUAACAAUAACAUAAGCCGUAGUGUAUCGUCAAAAUCAGAUUUUUAACUAGUUUGAAAUUGAUGUCAUAUCUAACCCGUACCAUGGACUGAAUCUCACUGAUCACAUUGUAGCGGUCACUAGUCUAGGUGAUUAGAUAUCACAGAAUAGUAUGUUUGGUCCCAAAUUAUUGAGGGUAUGGAUUCUUGCUCUAGUUGAUAAGCAUUGUAAAUUUCCAAUAGUAUGAAGUAUUGUAACCAGUGGUUAGAAAUUAGGUAACUUCGAUAAAAAUAAAUUCCAAUGGUCUAGUUUUGCUAUGUUUGAAGAGAAUACGAGUUCACCUAAUCUGAGAACGGAACGAAGACUCUGUGACACAACGACGCGUCCCAGCCCAGCUAACUAGAGAGACAAGUUCAAGUUCGAAAGAGGGAAAUAUAUUCCACAAGCAGCCGGAAGCACGAACAACCACGAGUCUAUUCGGAAAUACACUCAUUUAUAUAUUGAUUCAUACACCUAUUUUUGAUUAAUAAUUGGAAUAAAAUCACAUAUAUGAAAAAUACCUAAUUAUAAUAAAUCAUACGCUUAGUACUGUUUAUGUUAAUUUAAUACAAGAAUAUCGUAUGUUAUACGGGAUAAAAUGUCAUACGGGAAAACAAAGCCGAAUCAUCGUCACAUCGAAUCGAAACGGAAUUAAUGUUGGACGAAAAAUCAUAAUGAGUAAAUCAAUCUAAUUUUGACUUCAAACAACGAUUCCUUAUCUUUCUCAUAGCCCUGAACAUUUUGCUAUCACAUACAUAUCCCAUAUAUUUCAAUCGACAAUUUAACCCCUUUAUAAUUUUAAUGUUUUUGAGGUUUGGAGGCAGUUAACAGAGUAUUGAGGCUAUAUUUUGUUUUUCUUACCACUAAUCAGUAAUCACGAGGGAACUGUGUUCGAAUCCCACGCCUUACACGUAAUGUGUUAAGGGUUGACGAUAAUGAUUUGUAUCAAGUGGGCCAUUCCAACUGGGUUUCAUCAAAGUAAUUUGGUUUGCGAACAUUUUUUUACAGUUACUUCCGUCAAGUUUGACCUUCUUAUAACGUUUGAGAUCAAACGGCAGUGAUUUCGUUGGUUGAUGCUGUUUUGUGGUCAGAUUAACAUACUAUCGCCGUAUUCUUUUUAUAAAUAAGGCUCCACGGUCACACAAUCAUUCUGUAGUCGUUUUACUAGGGUUUGUACCACCACAGUUUCUGAGUAAUUGACUAUUUCUCAGGCAUUCUUCAUUCAGCUUGUGGUGAUCUGUCAGAAUACAACCGAAAGAUUGCUCAUUCAAAUCAAUGAUGAAACCAAAUAGUUCAAUGAAAACUAGCAAAACCACCUGAGUUAAAACAGUACCUGUAGUCAUUUGAGUAUGUGAUAAAAUUUAAAAUUUCAAAAGAAUUUUAGCAGUUGUUCAAAUAGCACAUAUAAAAUAAAGAACAUUGUGUUGCAUAACAUUUCCAACUAAACUCAUUCUAUCUACUCGUUUUCUAUUGUCCCUUUCUUAGAUAUGACCAAAAUUAUUAUCGAAAUUCAUCGGUUCUGUUGUCCUCCACAAAAUAGUUUAGGUAAUAGUACCUGCCAUAUACGGCUAAAAAGUGAUCCGAAAGCUGCUCAGGCACUUUUGAGCAAACGCAUUUUGAUGUUUUGAACUCUGAUGUUUUAUCGAAUACCUACAAACCUAAUUAUUCAUAAUCCUAAGAGAUUAGACUUAUCAAAUGAAUUUGGCUUGAUAUGAAUUUAUUUGUUACCUAGAAUUUCAAGUCCAUUUCUAUAAUUAGUAACAUACUUAAUAUAAUGCGAAAGCAUUUCAUAUAAAGUUUUUUCAAUUACCUAAUAUGUUCACAAUUAAUUGUGUUCUUGAUGUAUGAAUUAUAGUUUCGCCGAAUUUAUUUUAAUUUCUACUACAUUUUGCGAGUAGCUUUAAUCGUUAUUAACAGUGUUGAACAGUAUUUUGAUAGAACCUAUAUCUGACUGUAGUUUGUCCACCGAAUGGUAAGUCAUUCAUAACUUUCCCAUUUGUACUUACAAAAGAUUUACUGGGAAUUGGUUAGAGGAAACCUAAAAUCAAACGAUAACUUUAUAAUCUUAAUAAUCAAUUGUUUAUGCUUAUUCACUUCUUCCCUCUAUUUUUGUAAAUUGGUGCUUAUAGGAUUGAAGCGAGCGACCACGUCAUUGAGUCAGAAACAUUGGUUUCCCAUCUUCGUAUUUUACUCAGACUACCGAAAGAAAAGUCCACUGCUAUUAUCUUCAUUUCUCACCAGCUUUGGACAGCUAGAUUGCAUCGUUUAAAAGACGUUGUUCGCUAUCUUUUCUUAAUACAGUUGGCGUUUGAAUAUUGCUCUGAGAUAUUUGAACGUUUAGAGAAUGAUGGAAAAUUGUCUACAAAGAUUAUUGAAUGUGGUAUUUUUUGUCCGGAAAUUGUACAUGCACUAUCCCGAUUGUUUCGCCUUACUUCACUUGGUUCGAAUCUACAGAAACACAUUUUAGUUUUAAGAAAACCAUUGACUACUAUUGAAGUAUCCGAUUUGCCGAGUCUCGACAUUCGCCUUGUAAAUAGAUCUUCCCCUUUAUCUCUCAAUGAAAUCCCUGUACUUCGUUUAACUUGCGUUUACAAGAUGAUUCGUCUAGCUAACCAAGUUUUCCUACUAUAUAACAAAUUCUUACCUAAAUGCGUUCUAGUGAACUUGUUUCGUCCUUUGAAAACGUCUCUGGUAGAAAGUAACUUCCUUUAUCACCCCACGUUUAUAGUAAAUGAAAUCAAAAGUCUCUUCGAAUCAAUCAAGUCAGCAGAAAAUGCUCCUACACCUGCUCGAUUAAUAUCAGAUCGUCGUCUUUUAGUUUUGAAUACCUUGAAACCAACAGAUUCCAAAGAAUUUAAAAAGUUAGGCAUUCUGCCUCAACUAGAGCCUGUUUUCGAUGAACGAUUGUGUGUAAAUCAGCGUGAUAAUACUAAACGGACUUUACAGCGAAAAAUUGCAAAGGAAAAACGUUGUGCAAUGCGGGCUAUUCGUCAAGAUUGUCAAUUUUUAGCUUCACAUCAGUUGAAUAUUAUUAAAAAGAGCGACUAUAUUCGGGAAAAGAAAACAAAAGCCAUCUUAAAUUCGAUGCGUUCAGUUGAAGAUUGAUACUGAAAUCCUAUUGUACCUGCAAAUAAUAAUAAUAUGAUACGACUAACUUUCCAUUUUUUGAUAUCUUUUAACUUGAGAUAUUGAUGUUUUUGAAACAGAAAUAUACGUUCAUUGAAAAUAAAGCAUGAAGCGAAUAACAUAAUGCAAAUACACAAAAGGCUUUGAAACUUCUAAGCGCUGUUUUAACAUACGAUUUGAUUCGCUUUAGGAAGAGACGUCGUCGAAACGCUACAUUUUCACCUUUUCUUCAUAAUUAUGUGAAGGGAAAUUGGAUAUGCACAUAAAUUUGUUAGUUUUCUGUCCUCAUAGCCUAGGUAAGUUAACUUUCGUGUUUCCGUUUGGCCUUAUAACGAAUAAGUGUAGGAAUGAAUUUCUAGUAAAAGAAAGUAAACUACAAAACUGUUAACACUACAGCUUGUCGACUGAUCAAAGAUGAGCAUCUAAAUAUCCCUUGUAGCACAUGUUCCAAAGUAGCUUUUUUAUAUUCAAGUCAUGUAGUAUAAAUACAGUUGCAAUAUAUUUUGGUUCCAUUUUGAGCCAGUUUAAACUUAGCCUCGGCUUGUAUUAAUAAUUUCGUUUAUUGUCCAAGUUAUGUUAUAACUUGAAUUACUUAAAUCGGGCUGCGUAUUGCAAAGUUGUUAAACUGACGCUGGAUACAUCCCUCAAUUAAAGUCUAGUAUAAAAAUAAGAACAUUUCUAACGACAUACGAUCUACGUAGCUAUAUGUUAGUCUUAAAAACAUGAAAGGUUAAUGUCUAAGUUGCUUUCAGUGAGAAACGUGAGCCUUGUAAUAGCAAUGAAACUUAAAAAUGAGAUUAAUGAGUGGACUUCCUAGUUGUCAAUUAUUUUCUGUUUGCUUAUCACUUUUGGUGUCUGAUAUCGAUAAGGCAUAAACACUAUUCAUUUAGGUGAUGUAGAGAAGUAGUGUUAAUAAAAGCUUUCUCGGAAAUCGUUCCAUCCCUAAGCAUUCACUGUAAUCUGGGUGUAUCUCCUUUAAAGUAUCUACAUGUAUUUAAAAUGCGGUGUCCAC